AUGGAAAUCCAGAAGAAUCCUUUCUGUAUUUGUUACACAGCCACCGGCAUAGCUACUGCUCAGAGGAAAGCACCUCUCUAUCCAAUUAAUGGCCUUUUUUCCCCUGCAUCUGAUGAUGGAAGUUCUCCUUUAAUACACCUACAACAAUGUUUUAUCUAUUUUGGACGAGAGUAUUGUCAGCUCUAUGUCAACCAAAAUGGACAUUUGACUUUUGAAAGACCAUGGGGGAGGUAUAUUCCACUGAAGUUUCCAAUGUAUGGACCCAAAGACAUCAUAGCUCCUUUCUGGACAGAUCUGGACAACAGAAAAAUUGGGAAAGUCAUAUACAACCAAUACAUCUCGGGCCCUGUCCUUAAACAAGCUACUAGUGACAUUAAUCAAUACUUCCCAAAAUACAAUUUUGAAGCUAGCUGGGUUUUUGUUGCAACUUGGCAAGGAGUGGCCUACUAUCCUAAUGUAGGAGAUGGUUCAACUAUACAAGUUGUAAUAAUCAGUAAUGGAAAACUGUCUUUUCUGCUAAUGAACUAUGAAACAAUAUACCCAACAAAUCAUAAUGUGCAGGCAGGUUAUGACACAAAGAACUCCACUGACUAUUUCUCAAUUCCUGGAUCAUUUUCUCCUAAUGCAAGUGGGUCAGAUUCCACCUUUUGUCGGAGCAGCAAUAUCAAUGUCCCAGGACGUUGGGCCUUUCAAAUAGAUCAAGCAUCAAAUGGCCGUGAGUUACCUGUAGCUGACAAUGUGCCGGGAGUGUAUUGGAUCGACAGUACCUGUACAGUAAAAUGCACAUAUGACAAAUUUAACUUCUCAUGUCACAACGAAUCCUGUGCCUUUUCCGAAACAUGUAAUCGUUUAGAUGAAUACAGAUUUAUGUGCGGGUCGAUCCAGAAGGCUACCUGCAUCAUCAGUGGUGAUCCUCAUUACACAACGUUUGACGGGAAGCGGUACGACUUCCAGGGCCCCUGCACGUAUGUCCUGUCCCAGCAGUGUGAUUCAGAUCUGCCCAGCUACAGAGUAGAAGGCUCCAAUGAGCAUCGGGGCAGCUCUGCCACUUGGACACGACUGGUCAAAGUCUUUGUGUAUAAUGAAACCAUUGAGCUUGUCAAAGGACAUCGUGGUGAAGCCAAGGUCAAUGGUAUAUUUGCAACGACCCCCUUCUCCUUAACCAAUGGUGCGGUUCAUGUUUAUACAUCAGGUUUUUCAAUUGGUGUCAGUACUGACUUUGGUUUGGAGGUCUCCUAUGAUGCUCAUCAUCUUGUGAACAUCAAAGUUCCAUCCAGUUACCAGGGAGCAACAUGUGGCCUUUGUGGGAACUUUAACAAUGACCCAGAUGAUGACAUUCAACCACCAGAAGGAGAUAUUGUGAGCCCUCUUGACCUUAGUCAUAGCUGGUUGGUGCCAAAUGCUGAUGAGUCUGAAUGCAUGCCCUGUGAAGGUCAAGACUGUAGUCAUUGUUCUGAAGAUGAGAGGGCUUUAUUCAAUAAUCCUGACAACUGUGGCAUCCUUCGAGACAGAUCUGGACCUUUUGCAGCUUGUCAUGAGGUGCUUUCACCAGAGUCUUUUGUGUACAAUUGUGUGUAUGAUCUGUGUUCGGAGGGAGGGCAACAAGACAUUCUCUGUCUAGCCCUAAAUGUCUACGCCAGUCAGUGUCAAGAAAAAGGUGUACAACUACAAACAUGGAGAAGCCCCGGCUUCUGUGAAAUCAUAUGUCCAGAAAACAGCCACUUUGAGCCUCAGAGCACAGGAUGUCCAGCUACUUGUGUCAACCCUGAGUCUCAUAAUGACUGUGCACUCGCUCCCCUUGAGAGCUGCGCUUGUAAUGAAGGCUAUGUUUUGAGCGGUGCAGACUGCGUGCCUCUCCAUGAGUGUGGCUGUAACUUUGAGGGACUCUACUACCAUUCUGGACAAACCGUAAUACUUGGUCAAGACUGCAGCAGAAUCUGUACUUGCAUUUCCGGUAACAUGACUUGCCAUUCACAUGUUUGUGGAUCACAUGAAGAGUGCAAGGUGUUUGAUGGAGAAAGAGUUUGCUACCCUCACACAUGCUCCAUCUCAGGUGUGCCCAUCCAGCUGGGUGUGUCCGUCUGGACUGACAGUGCCUGUACAGUAAAGUGCACCUGCACCACAUCUGGCUUGUCAUGUCACAACGAAUCCUGUGAUAUUUCCCAAGUCUGUGGCUCUCUUAAUGAUUUUCACUUUACCUGCCAGUCCAUCCAGAAGGCUACUUGCAUCAUCAGUGGUGAUCCUCAUUACACAACGUUUGACGGGAAGCGGUACGACUUCCAGGGCCCCUGCACGUAUGUCCUGUCCCAGCAGUGUGAUUCAGAUCUGCCCAGCUACAGAGUAGAAGGCUCCAAUGAGCAUCGGGGCAGCUCUGCCACUUGGACACGACUGGUCAAAGUCUUUGUGUAUAAUGAAACCAUUGAGCUUGUCAAAGGACAUCGUGGUGAAGCCAAGGUCAAUGGUAUAUUUGCAACGACCCCCUUCUCCUUAACCAAUGGCGCGGUUCAUGUUUAUACAUCAGGUUUUUCAAUUGGUGUCAGUACUGACUUUGGUUUGGAGGUCUCCUAUGAUGCUCAUCAUCUUGUGAACAUCAAAGUUCCAUCCAGUUACCAGGGAGCAACAUGUGGCCUUUGUGGGAACUUUAACAAUGACCCAGAUGAUGACAUUCAACCACCAGAAGGAGAUAUUGUGAGCCCUCUUGACCUUAGUCAUAGCUGGUUGGUGCCAAAUGCUGAUGAGUCUGAAUGCAUGCCCUGUGAAGGUCAAGACUGUAGUCAUUGUUCUGAAGAUGAGAGGGCUUUAUUCAAUAAUCCUGACAACUGUGGCAUCCUUCGAGACAGAUCUGGACCUUUUGCAGCUUGUCAUGAGGUGCUUUCACCAGAGUCUUUUGUGUACAAUUGUGUGUAUGAUCUGUGUUCGGAGGGAGGGCAACAAGACAUUCUCUGUCUAGCCCUAAAUGUCUACGCCAGUCAGUGUCAAGAAAAAGGUGUACAACUACAAACAUGGAGAAGCCCCGGCUUCUGUGAAAUCAUAUGUCCAGAAAACAGCCACUUUGAGCCUCAGAGCACAGGAUGUCCAGCUACUUGUGUCAACCCUGAGUCUCAUAAUGACUGUGCACUCGCUCCCCUUGAGAGCUGCGCUUGUAAUGAAGGCUAUGUUUUGAGCGGUGCAGACUGCGUGCCUCUCCAUGAGUGUGGCUGUAACUUUGAGGGACUCUACUACCAUUCUGGACAAACCAACUGA